GAGGGUUAUGGUGUGAUGGUGCUCAACCCCAAUGAGAACCACCUGGAGGUGGAGAGGCCGGCCAAUCCCACGCCCCUGCCCUCCCCCGAGGUCUCGGACGAACCCGCCAAGAAGAGAGAGCGCAAGGACGACCGGGAAGGCAAGAAGAAGAGGGACUUCUAUGAGAAGUACCGCAACCCGCAGAAGGAGGGAGAGACUGAACAGAUCCCCAUACGGGAAAACGGCUCCCCCGAGGAACACUUGCUGUACGUGUGGGACCACUUUGUGUCCAACGCCGCCGCCAGAAAUGUCUUCAUCGUGGCGCACAGCUACGGAGGCUUGUCAUUGGUGGAGCUGCCAACCACCUCUGGGACAGUCAGCCAGUGUGAUACAGUGUGA